AUGCAUGAGUCCUGGAAGACCAUCCUCGCGCUCUCUAGCUUGGCACUGAGCAGUGCAGCAAAGGAAAUUCCGUUCGAUGCUCGCCUUAUGGCUCAGCAAGCUGGACUGCCUUCCAUGCGCAGUAACGGCACCAGCACUGCUCCUCAGCUUGACAUCCCGAGUACUCGUCCAGCCCGGGCUAUUGACCUGAGCCAGAUUGUGCCAGCUCAAGAUUCUGCUGGCAACAGCCGCUGCUGUCCUAUUGGAACUAUCAACGAUGGCAUUGGCUGUGUUUUCCCUCAUUCUUCUGUGUGCCCUGAGGGUACUCGUCUGGAGGGAAACACUUGCAUCAGCGAGAAACCGCCCAAGUGCCCUGAUGAUCUGAUCUAUAAUGGCCGCAACUGCGUUGGUGGUACGCCUAGCUGCCCUCCUGGUAGCCGAUUCAACGGCGAGGCUUGCGAGUCCGAAGUUGAGCCCAGCUGUAACCCUGGCUUCAAGUUCCAAGACGGUAGCUGCAUCUCCCUUACCGAAGCGGGAUGCCCACCUGGUUUCAGUCUCAAGAACCAUCUUUGCACUUCCAGUACCAAACCUCAAUGCCCUCCGCCCUUCAAGUACGAAGACGGCAUCUGCGUUGAUUCCAAGCCGCCUUCAUGCCCUCCUGGCACGAAACUUUCCGACGGCAUUUGCAUUGGUGAAGCUCCGCCAUCUUGUCCUCCUGGCUACGCCAUCAACAAUGGAGUGUGCACUCACGGGUCAAAGCCCAAGUGCCCUCCUGGCUCCAACUUUGAUGGCACUGCUUGUGUAUCUGAGAGGCCUCCGUCUUGUGAGCCUGGUUUCUUCAAUGGAAAGGUCUGUGAAGACAAGCCUUCUUGCCCUCCAGGCUUCAACCUCGAUGGAAGAGUCUGUGUUUCUGAGAGCAAGGCCACUUGUCCCGUUGGAACCUAUAUCGCCUCCGACAAAGCCAGCGGAAAGUCAGCUUGUUGCUACAAAAACUUUGACUUCAAUGGGGAGACAUGCUUCAAGGCUGUUGACAAUGAGGAUGACUGCCUUCCUGGAACCCACUAUGACAAGGGACGCUGCUGGGUUAGCCCCCAAGAAGAACCCAACUGUCCUACUGGUGGAAAGUGGAACGGAAAGACUUGUGUUGUUCAGUCUGUUCCUCAAUGCCGCGCUGGCCAAUACACCAAUGGACGAUGCAUCAUCUCUGAAAGCCCUCGUUGCCGCCCCGGUGCCGUCUUCAAUGGUGAGAAGUGUGUUCUUGAGGAUCGUGCGACAUGCCCUCCCGGAAGUGUUCUCAGUGGCAACAAGUGUAUCUCCAGCGAGCCUCCCCUCUGUGAACCUGGUCAGACCCUGACUGGGGAUUACUGUAUGUCAGAGGAGCGCCCCAAAUGUCCUUCUGGAUCUACACUCGUUGGUAGAUACUGCAAGUAUCCCGAUCUUCCCAUCUGCGAGCCUGGUACCAACCACCACGAUAACGACUGCACCUCUACUGUGACUCCUGAGUGUCCAACUGGAAGCUCCUUUAAUGGAGUGAACUGUGUCUCCAUCAAUCGUCCUUCUUGCAAACCUGGCUUUGCCUUCAACGGCGCCACUUGUGUCUCUGAGAACGAUGUCCCAACUUGCCCAAAGAACAUGCAGUUUGAUGGAGCCAACUGUGUGUCCAAGGAGCGACCUAUUUGUGACCCUGGAAAGUUCUUCGAUGGCGUCGCUUGCGUCGAUAACACUGACCCUCAAUGCCGUCCUGGUCUGGUCUUUGACGGAACCAGCUGUGUAUCCAAGGAACCUCCCCGCUGCGAGCCUGGAACAAGCUGGAAUGGAAUCAAGUGUACUUCAGAGAAGAACCCCGGUUGUGGUCCUGGUAUGAAGUACAACCCCGAGACUGAGACUUGCGACUCUUCUCAAAAACCCCGUUGCCCUACCGGAACUGAGCUCCGAGACGAUAUUUGCGUCUCUGUCACGCCUCCCCAGUGUCCUUCUGGAACGAUCCGAAAGGGCGGUAAGUGUGUAUCUGUCGAGCCGCCCCGUUGCCCUCGAGGUCUUACUCCCAGCGGUGGUCUUUGCAUCUCUACCAAGCUGCCUCAGUGUGGUGAAGGCACUAUCUUUGAUGGCAAGCGAUGUGUCAUCGGAAAGACAGAGGAGUGUUAUACCCUCCACACAUGCCCUCCUGUUGGCGCUGCUGGACUCCCUGCUCAGGCUGCCAACUAA